CAGAACUCGUGUUAAACCACGUUCUUUGUGCGGCAGUGAAAUGCUGUUCCGCUUCGGCGUGGUGCUGCCCGCCCGGGUGACGGAGGGCGGCGCGGAGCUGCUGGUGGCCGGCUCGCGGCCGGAGCUGGGCGAGUGGGACCCGCGGCGCGCCGUGCCCAUGAGGCGGGCGCGGCCGAGCGCCCCGCUGCCCGCCCAGGAGCCCGCGCUGUGGCUGGCGGAGGUGGCGCUGCCGGACGAGGACGCCGCCAGCCCCUUCUGGUACAAGUUCCUGCGGCGGGAGGGCGGCCACUUCCUCUGGGAAGGUAGUGGGCCCCAUCAUGAUCGAAGUUGUGUUUACAACCAGAGCAACAUAGUAGAUGGAGUUUACUGCCUUCCAAUAGCACACUGGAUUGAAGUCUCUGGACAUACUGAUGAGAUGAAACACACAACCGAUUUCUAUUUUAAUAUCGCAGGACAUCAAGCUAUCCAUUACUCCAGGAUUCUGCCCAACAUCUGGCUGGGAAGUUGCCCUCGGCAGCUGGAGCACGUGACCAUCAAGCUGAAACAUGAGCUGGGUGUUACAGCUGUGAUGAACUUCCAGACUGAAUCUGACAUUGUUCAAAAUUCCUGGGGCUGCAACCGCUACCCAGAACCCAUGAGCCCUGAAAUCCUCAUGAAACUGUAUAAGGAAGAAGGUCUUGCCUAUGUCUGGCUGCCAACUGCAGACAUGAGCACUGAAGGAAGAAUACAGAUGUUGCCACAAGCUGUCUGCCUCCUGCACGGGCUGCUGCAGAAUGGACACACUGUCUAUGUUCAUUGCAAUGCUGGUGUUGGCAGGUCCACAGCUGCUGUCAGUGGCUGGCUGAAGUACGUGAUGGGAUGGAGCCUGCGGAAAGUGCAGUACUUCUUGGCUUCCCGGAGACCAGCUGUCUACAUAGAUGAGGAAGCUCUGAAUCGUGCUGAAGAUGAUUUCUACCAGAAAUUUGGGCAUCUUCGUUCCUCAUUCCAAAUACAAGAGUAGAAAAGUACAAGAGGAAAAGGAAGCUGAAGAGGAAUUCUCACAUUUGAAGCCCAAGGACUUAGAAAUUUCUGUGACUCAGGCACCCACCUCUUAUCUUCACAUGAUAAACUUCUUGUAAAAGUGAUGAGAAUUUUGUUUAAAAAGUGCCUUAGAGUGUUUUUUAUUUGCUUUCUUUAAGCUGACAUGAUUCCUGUUUUCAAGCCUUUUGGUGCAAUUAUGAGACCUAGAAACUCUGCAAAGUGAAGCAAGAUUUUCUUUUAACUACUUGCCUGUAGGAACUGAGGUUUUAGUGUAGACACUAAAUAAGAUGUGAGGUGAAAUAGAGAAAAAAAUACAAAGAUUGACUGGACUAAGUUUCAGGUUAGUAUGGAGAUCAUCAUCAAAGCUGCUCAGUUGUUUUAAGUGGACAUUAGAUUGUUGCAGUGUUUUGUAAUAAAUUUGUAGACAAGUGAUAUUAAUGAGAAAGACCAAAAGGAAACUAGUUCUUCAACUCAGUGUUUAAAAACAAAAUGCUAAAGUCUAAUGCAGUGAGCUAAGAUUUGCUCUUUGUCCGUCUAGUUAAUGUUAAAUAUUAUGAGCUUUGGCUAUAUUCUUUUAUGACACUGGGGUUAUGCUGGGGUGUGGCAUGAAGAGGGUCACAGCUCCAGCUGUAGCAGCCUUUCUUUGUUGUGGGGGCAGGAGCACUAUUUGUUAUAUUAUCCUAGGCUGUGAGUUUGCUGAAUUGAAGCUGAGUUUUGCUCCUCUGGUCCAUGCAGUGCUGUACAGGGGCUCCUUUAGGUGCCAAGGCAAUCUGAGCAGUAACCACUGGGGUAAGACAGGACCUAUAGGAAUUGUGUGAUAAGCAAUGUGCACAACUGGCACCACAGCCUCUGGGCUCUAUCUCUAGAUAGACUAAUAUCACCAAUACAGCAAAAGCCUCUCCUUGUGCAAGCAGUGGGUGUGUGUUAAGUUUAGCUGAUUGAAUCUAGUGCUGGGCUAUCUCUGGGCUGAAUGAGUACAUUCCUCUAUAGGAGCAGAGAGCAACUCUGCAGAGGAUGGUUUCUCAGGAGCUUAGACUAAACGUUAGCUUUGUGGAUGAUCCCUAAUGUUUUCCAUUGCUGCUUGGUCCCUCAGCUAAACUCAGCUAAACUAAGCAGUGGCAUCAACAGCUUCCAGUCCCACUCAGAUAAAACCAAUUUGCUGUAGGUUCAGUUCAAGAGAGGAUUAAGGAUGCAUAAACAUUAAGAAACAUAGUUUCUAUAGGUCUGUUCUUCUGUGAAAUCUCAUUUUUUCCCAGCCAACUUAUUCCUCUAAAGAUGCAGUCAGUUUAAGUAAGAAAUAUUGAUUUUCUGAAUACUUAAUGGAGAAACUGUUAGCUAUGAACUGUUUAUGGAGAAUAUCCAAAAUAAUAUAUUUUAUUUAUCCCGUACUUCAAUCAUCUUGAAAAAAAAAUGUUUGUUAUUCUAUGUGCGGUUUUGAUCAUGACUUCAUUUUUGACUUUUUCAAAUAACACUGCCUGUUUAGAAAAUAGAUGAGAAAAGUUCUCUGUUAAAUAAAGACAAAAUUACUA